UCCAAACUCCCUUUUUGCUACCCUCAGAACUGUGGGAUCCAACGUCCGCUCCCACGAACGGGGAGCGGGACGGACGUCGGACGCCACAGUUCAGGGGGUAACUAUUUGCAUUGUCCAUGAUCCAUGCUCAUGCAGUCCUGGACAUGACAAUGUAGGCCUACGUGGACAUUCUCGCGGUUAGACAUUUGGGAACUUCUGUACAUUACUGAAUGGCAUGAAGGAUAAAUUUGCCUCUUUGCUGAUUGAAAUUGAAUGUCCACAUACUACAUGCAUACACAGCUCUCCCCAAUGGACAGAUGCAACUUCAUGCGUUCAUCCGGGAGCUUUUCAACCUGAGGUCACAGUGAGAUUGUCAUCACCAUGCCAGUAUACGUGCGCAAGAACCUCCUGUCCAUUACCCCAGAAUCAUUGGGUGACCGCUCCAGUGAUGAGGAGGACUACAUCCGGGACCCGGAGCAGAUGUACGAUGUUCUUCCCCAGCCGUUCCGCCUGGUCAAUAAGAUCGUCAACUUGAUCUUUGACCUGGCCUGGGAGGUCAUCAGCGAACGGGAGUCGGCCAGGAUCGCCGAGAAGUCCCGCGUCAGGCCCCCACAGUAUGAUUGUGCCACUCCAUUACCAGACUAUGGCCAAGCACUGUGUACAUCCAGCUGUCCUGAUGGGCGCUAUGUGUUCUUUGGAAUGCCUCAAGGCAUUGCUAUGAUUGAUGCAAUGACCCAGGCACCCAUUACAUCAUGGGAACACGGGACAGAAGGUGUCAGCAUCUGCUCUCUUGAUGUAUGCCUGAUUGGAGUGCAGACAUACCUCAUCGUGGCUGUAGAUACGGCUGGAACUGGAAGGCUGCUGUGUUCAGCUUUUGAGAUGAUUCAUCCUAUUAAGACAUUCAAUGAGGAUGUUGCUGGGUCUGUUGUCACUAACUCAUUCAUCUCCAGUGAUGGAGACUAUGUAUCAGUUGGUCUUCAGACUGGAUCAGAUGUUUGGCUGGAUGUUUGGCAUCUACCCAGAGAUAAUUGGCUGCGGGAAUUUGAGACUGCCCACAGCAAUGCAGUGAAACAACAGCAGCAGCAGCAACAACAAGCGACAAAGCCUGCAGAGGUUGACAAACUGGACUCAAGCAUAGAAAUGGCUACAUCUAUAGAGGGUAUUACAACCGACACAGCAAAGUCCACUUCAUCAGGCUCCCCCAGGGGCUCGCCAACUCCCCACCCAGGGGCAGCUGCUGCUAGCACGGUAGCAGCUGUGGCAGUACCCAACCUGAACUUGUCUCAAUUGUCAAAACCCAGCAUGGUACUGAGAGUCAGGCCCCCGCCGGCAAUCCUAACAGGCGUGACUGGCUCUGUUUCCUCUCUCUUCCGAGCCAUUGAUGAAGGUCAGGUGGUGGGUCUGGGCACCAAACAACACCUGAUCACCGACCAGCACCUGGAGAAACGCAGGCAGGUCUUUCAGCAACAGCACCAGGACCAGCUGCGGUUCCUGCCAGAGCAAGAGGACAAGGCCUGCCCUCGGUCCCUGUGCAUUUUCCUCAACCCAAGCUUCCUACUGGUCACUGGCCUGGAGGCCAGCAAUGAUCGGCCCAACAGUGUGGCUGUGGCCUGGACAGGAAGUACCAACAUCUGCCAUUAUAAUCUCCUUAAAUCGUCCAAAGAUCUUGAGCACAAGCCUGACAUUGUAUGGCCGUUUGGCAGUGACAUCACCUGUCUUGCUGCCUCACCAUGUACAUCGCUCCUUGCUGUAGGUCAUGGAGAUGGUACCCUGACCAUCUAUGAUCAACACAUGGGUCUGCCCCAGGCGGUGCAGAGACUAUCAGCAGCUGGUUCAGUCUCUCACGUCCACUUCCUUAACCCCAGCAUCAUCUCCCCUGCCCAGGGGCCCUCCAGGGAGCCCUCAGCCACCCCUGACACACACCUGAUGGCCUGCUGCUCUGAUGGCAGCAUUUCUGUGGUGCGGUGUGGCUACGAGGGUGCUGUGUCACUGCGGGUCAUUGAGCCAGCCUGCAACGAUCGUAAGGAGAGGGUGGUGUCUGUGCAGCCUCUGACUGGUAUCCCUCAAGUGGUUGUAGUGGUCCAUGGAGGCGGUGAAGUGAGUUUGGUGGAUGUGCGGAGGGGCCAUGCUUUGUGCGUCAUAGCACUGCGAGAGGCAGACUGCAGACUGACGGCUGUGGUCCCACCAGUCCUGACACCGGCAGCCAACGCAAACAUGCUUUAUGUCAAAGGUGUGAGGGAAGCCAGUGAAGACUUGGAGGAGACACGGGACAGCAGCAACAUGUUUGUCUUUCCUCUCCGUUCUUUUCCGGCUCUCGAUCCCUUCAUAAAGAACCCAGUACACCCCCAGCCGUACAGCCUACAUGUUACGGUGCAGAAGCGGUUUGACUGGAUGCUUUCAAAUAGACUGAGCCUGCAGAAUGAGCGUCAGCAACGGAUGCAGCAGCGCUGGCACCAGCUGAGUCCACAAGUCAUUUCCUGCAAGUGAUCACGCUGACUCUGUUUUCCAAAUCUACACUUGUUGCCAUGUUUGAGGUGUUCAGACGACAUUCUUUUAAAAAACUGUAUAAUACUUAUAAAACGGGGUUACUUGCAUGAUCCUUGAAGACUUUUGAACUGUUUGAUGUGCUUGAUCUUUUUUGGGGUGGUAAUGAAAUGAGCGAUCCUUAGGCUCAGCUAGGAAAGUAACCAGUUUGCCGACUUGACCCGUUUGGCCCGGUUUUGCGUGGGAGAUUAUGAUUAGUCAUUUUGUUUACUGAUGCUCAGGCAUUAGUCAAUUUUCUAGUGGUAAUGCUCAUGAUCAUGCAGUCAAGUAUACAAUUUGGUAAGGGAACAUGUUCGGGCCGGGAAACUGCAGAGGCAGAAGGAAGGAAAUAUCACUCGUGUUAUCUCUGGUAUAAAACUGAUACAAAGUUCCCAGGGAACCAUUCCCUUGGAUUUCCAGGUACAUGGAAGAAUCCCCAGGGGGCAGAGUCAAUCUAGGCCGCAUGGUUGAAUUGCUCUGAUUGAUACCGGAGCUGAUAAAAGGCUUUUGGAAGGUCGUCACCACCCCACCCUAACAUAAUUGUGCUACUUAAAUCCAGCAGGAAUGUCAACCCAUGGAUUAAUCUUGGUGUGGGGGGGGGGUCAUCAGCGAUGAAUCCUUUAUAGCAAAGGUCCACUUGGCAUCAUAGCAAAGGUCCACUUGGCAAAGGAGCUGAUCAUCUGUGCAAUUGUGUAAGCCUGCUUUCUUUUGUACUGUUGUGUAUGAUUGGCAAAAUUUGUCAUAAACUUUGCCCCUUUUGUGACUUUGCUGGCGCCAACCUUAAAAGGAUGAAUGCCAUUUGACAGAGUUCCACUCAGAUGACGUCUCCAUGUAUGCACAACCGCUGUUAUCUGGCUGACUUCACCCAUACAUACAAACAGUCCAUUGACAUGAUUUCCGUCGGUAUCCACCAAAAAGAUUACUAGCUCAAUUGAUACUUGCAGGGAUCAGUUUUCAGAAAGCAUUACAAUUCAUUGUAACUUGGUAUACGCACAAGUAGAUCCUGAUUUUCGUAGCAAAGCAUUGAAAUUAUACUUAGAAUGAGUCCUGGCCUGCUGAGUCAUUUUGCAGCACUGCUUUUGAGAGCCAAAUUUGAAGACAGGAAGACGAGAAGAAGCCCAAACUUUAGAAAUAAGGGAAAUUCUUUCUUAACUAAAGAAACCUGUACAUAAAUGGACAUUUAAUGUACCUUUAAAACUAGAGUUGUAAUUGUAAAGUACAUUGACAUUGAUCUUGUGGGCCAAUCCAAAUUGCUUUGGUAGCAUCGCUCCAGCAGGAGCUGAUCAAGUCAACCCUGGAUUUCCUCCGCAGACUCCAGAUCACAGUCAAUGCCACACACAUCCUAGAAGUAUUUAGAAGAUGUUUAUUCGUCCAUGGUUCACACAACCUAUUCAAAAGAUGUACCGAUUUUCAUAGAAGACGUUUCGGACACAAAUUCUUUAAUGUAUCACAUUUUAAAAUCUUACUACGCCUGUAUUACACAAUACUUGCAUAAAUCUAAGAUAAGACUUGGAUUAUUUAAUCUUUAAUGCGCUUCUAUGUGUAAAAUGUAAAUUUGGUUUGUGAAAUGUAUGUAGUAAACAAAUCUGUCCUCUAAAUAGAGUGGUUCUCUAGGUUUUCCACAAAAUUUCCAGAUAAAGAUACUCUAAUUUUAUUUCAAGCUAUUGUUAGGCUGAAGGUAAUGUGGAAUUCAAUUCAUAUUUCAACCACUACAUUUCAUUUUGUUUGCAGUCAAUGUAAUUUAUUUUAACUACUUCCUAAUUCGUCCCUACUUUUCAAUGACUAAAGGGAUUUGUCAUUCAAUCUCAUUGGAAAUCUAAAACUUUUGUUAACUGUGUGAACAUGCAGUAGUGUUUGCAAUUAUGUUUUUUUAUUGAUACAUUAUGUAUUUAAAGAUACUUCCUGCUUUCCUUUUAUUCAGUGAAAGAAAUAGUAAUCUCAUUUUUUUUGACAUGUAAUUUGCUUUAAUUGAAAAUAGAUCUGGAAAUUAUCCUGAACAACUAAACGAUUCUGUUAAUUUUAUUGUUCUGGUGUAAAUUGUGUUCUUUCCACCACUUUCCAUCACAAACAUGGACAUUGGUCAUUAUUAUUUUAUAGUCAUUCUUCAACGCUCCCAUCUGGCCACAUAGUGAAUACAUUUAUGGCACUUGUCAUGUGUUGUCCAAACCCUUUUUCACUUUGUUAAGAGAAUGAAUGGCAGCAAAGAGUAGUAAGCGCCUCAUUAUGUACAUCUUUAACUACUUUCAAUCUUCCGUGCAUUAAAUGAAUUUGAAAUCAUAA